AAGACAAUGUAACUAGUCACGUGGAAUAAACGCAUUUCAGGAUUUCAUCUCUUAAUUACAUCGAUUACACUCUGACAGAUGGCCAAUUCAGUGGUUUCAGUUGAAAGCUUUUACAAUUUAAGAGCAACCUUCAUUUCACAAAGGGAACCAAUUAAAAACUUUUAAGCAAUGUAGCAUCACCAUUGAUACAAUGUUACCUUGGCAACCGCCACUUUUCUGCAAGAGCUAACAGGCACCAGCUGAAAAAGCUUUAAGUAUUUAAAUACAGCACAGAAUGCCAAAAUCCUGUACCCUUGUCAGACGUUACAUUCUAGAAGCUUUCAUCCAAAAGCUUUCACUUGAAAGAACUUGUGUUAGUCAUCCAUCAUCAACCCUUUUAUCUAAAACCUUUUGAAUGUUUCCUAAAAGGGUUUUAGAAUUGCUUGCCAGAAUUUAAAAGCUUUUCAAUUAGUCAUCAGUCAUGAACUCUGAGAUAAGAUGUUUAAAGCUUCUUCUCACGAUAUACUGAUGUAUUUCCAAAAUGGCAGCUUGUAACAGUGGCAGCAGUAGUUCAGCUGCUCAGAUCGACAAACCAAAACGAUCAAGUAACUGGACUGAGGUUGAAACAAGUGUUCUAAUACGUAUCUGGAACGAGUAUUUAUCAGACCUAAGAACAGCCAAGCGAAAUGCUAAAGUAUAUGAAAAGAUAGCUGAAGAAUUUUUUGAAGCUACUGGGGUGAAUCGUGAUAAGGAUCAAAUAAGAACCAAAGUUACUAAUUUGACCUUUCAAUACAGAAAACUCAAAGCUACUUGUGGAAAUAUAGCUUCUUCUUCGUACUGGCCCUAUUAUGAAGCUAUCCACAAAAUGCUUGCUCAGUUCCCUGGGCAGGAUGAACCAAGUAUAUCUGAGGAUAUAACACAAUUACCUUCAGCUUCCAAAUCAAAAACUCCAUCACCCACACAGAAACAAACAUUUGCAAAUGAUGAUGCCUUGAUAUCUGAGGGAAGUUCUUACCAGUCCGAUCUUGUGGAAAAUUCAUCUAGUUUUCAUUCUCCACAACUAAGAAAUGAAUCGGGAUCCAUCAAAAAAAGGAGAGGAUCAAAUGCUGACUUACACAAGAAAAGCCUAAAACUAAUGGAAUCAAUGUUGGAAGAACAGAAGAAAAUAAGCACAGCUGUGGAAGAGACAAAUAGAGAGGUUCGGAGAAUUCUUGACCAACAAACUCUCUUGUUAAAUAAAAGCUUGCAACUUCAGCAGCACAUGUUACAUUUGUUAGAGAAAGUCGUGUGUCAGCAUUGUGCAAAAAAAACAAAUCAUUUCUAAACAUAAAUGCAGCCUGAACUUA